ACUCGGGGCCAAGCACUGACUUGAAGGUGCUGAACAUCGCCAAACAAAAUAACCUAGGCUAACCAGAUACACUUGCCAGCAAUGAAGAACGAAUCUAAUUGUUUAUUUCAAACAAAUUGCCUUCGUUCACUUAAAAAUAAGUUUGCGAUUCAUAUGUUGCAAACUAUUUAACGAAUUUUGUCUUGUAGUGGAUGUGGAGCUAGCAAAGAGCACAAACACUGGAGCCACGUUUAGCUUUUAAGGCAACUAACGUUAGCCAGCUAGCAUAGCCACUUUGUCAGCCCCAGAAGGACCGAAUAGUUUUAUCUGGCGUUGUUUUACAAUCAAAAUCGUGGAAAAUGGAAAACCAGUCUAGAAGUCAACCUUGGGGGAAGCUGAUAAGUUUGGACCGAAGUUGUGAUUCGGAAGUAUUACUUGUCAACCGAGAAUGCACCAUCGGGCGAAGGAAGGGCUGUGAUUUGUCUUUUCCUGCAAACAAACUGGUCUCAGGAGACCACUGUAAAAUUGUGCAGGAUGAGCAAUCAGGGAAGGUUUGGCUGGAGGAUAUGAGUACAAACGGUACGGUGAUCAACAUGUCCAAGUUAGUGAAAAAACAAAUGCACCUCCUGCAGAACGGUGACGUGAUCUACUUUGUGUAUAGGAAAAAUGAACCAGAGCAAAACAUUGCAUACAUUUUUCAGUCCAUGAGGCCACAUCAAGCUCCCUCUCAAAAUGACGGUGGGAAGCCAGUAGAGGCCAGACAGGAGAGGAGAGCCGAGAGCACCCCAGAGCCCCCAGCAGUGGCAGCCUCUCCUCAACCUCCUGCCCCACAGCAGCAGCUGGCCCUGGAGGAGCCCCAGCCCUCCACCUCCACCUCUCAUAUGUACUGCCUCUCCCCCUCCACAGCUUCAGGACCCCAGGCUUCGGCCUCAGGUCCAGGUGAGGCUGCUUGUUUACACGCUCUCGGUGGCGAGUCCUCCUCCCCCUCCUCCUCCCAGAGUCCUGCUGCUGCUGGACUGCUCUACGCUGGGGGCCCUCAUGCCCACGCCAGGCCACUCACCCUCCGGGAAAUGCUCCGGAGCCGUGAAGCCAGCCCGUGCUCCGCUGGGGAGGGAGAGAGCCUGGAGCCGGAGAGAAAGAAGAGGAAAACGGGCACAGAUGGAGAGGACUUGUGUCUAGCGCCCUCUGGCUGCGGUGAGGCAGCAGCGCUGCAGAAGCAGCCUCCUGUGGUGGAGCUGCCAAGGAAGGAGAGAGCCACAGGGGCCAAAACAGACAAGAUGGAGGAGUCACUUACGUGCAUCAUCUGUCAGGACCUGUUGCAUGACUGUGUGAGUCUCCAGCCCUGUAUGCACACGUUCUGCGCGGCCUGCUACUCUGGCUGGAUGGAGCGCUCCUCCCUCUGCCCCACCUGCCGCUGCCCUGUGGAGAGGAUCCGCAAGAACCACAUACUCAACAACCUGGUGGAGGCCUACUUGCAGCAGCACCCAGAGAAGUGCCGAAGCGAGGAGGACUUGCGGAGCAUGGACAUGCGCAAUAAGAUCACUCAGGACAUGCUGCAGCCAAAGAUCGAGCGCUCGUUCUCCGACGAGGAGGGCAGCUCUGACUACCUGUUUGAGCUCUCUGACAAUGACAGCGACACGUCAGACAUGAGUCAGCCGUUCCUGACUUGUCGCCAGUGUCCAGGCUACAGGAAGGACAUGAGCCAUGCGUCGUGGAUCACAGGCCCACCUCCAGACGAAGGGCCAGGGAAGCCCCCAGGAGAGGGACCCUCCACGUCUGCAGAGGCCUCCCCAGCCACCACAGAGCCGGAGUUCCGUUGCCCUCCCCAGGGCCCCCACGUCAUCUGCACCUGCUGCCUUCAGCCAAUGCCGGACCGCCGUGGAGAGCUCACCGCCCAGCAGAUGUCUUCCCAGCAGUGUUUGGUGUGCCAGCGGCCGUUCUGCCACAUGUACUGGGGCUGCCAGCGCUUUGGCUGUCAGGGCUGCCUAGCACGCUUCAGCGAGCUCAACCUCACAGACAAAUGCCUCGACGGGGUGCUGAACAGCAACAAUUACGAGUCUGAAAUCUUGCAGAAUUAUCUGUCCUCGAGAGGGAUGUCGUGGAAGGAGAUGCUGCAGGACGGCCUGCAGGCGGCACAGCGAGGGGUCUUCCAUCUGUCUGAUUGCCGCAUCAACGGCAGUGCCGUGUUGUGCUUCUGCUGUGGUCUGCGAGCCUUCAAGGAGCUGGCCUACAAAUACAGGGAGAGCGUCCCUGCCUCUGAGCUUCCAGCUGCUGUGACGUCGCGGCCAGACUGUUACUGGGGACGCAACUGCCGCACUCAAGUCAAAGCACACCAUGCCAUGAAAUUCAAUCACAUAUGUGAACAGACACGUUUUAAGAACUGAUGUGUACCUGUGAUGGUGUCCAUUCCACUGAAGAGAGAGAAAAUGCCCUUGGCUGCCAAGCAGCCCCACAGACUGUGUGCAAAUGAACAUGAUCAGGUGAACCUCAUGUCACCAAACCCACAUACUUCAGAUGAUGGACGCUUUAUCCCAGAGAGGACAUCUUUUCAUUAAUUUACUCUAAGUACUCCACCGUACUUUACCACAUUGCUUGCUUGUGAAUCACUGUACUUUUUUUGUACUUUUUUUUUUUUUUCCUUUUCUUUUUUGUCUUGUUAUGUUAAGUAUGUCGUUUGGUCAUGUGGACUUUUGGGGAAGCAGCAGUUAGACCAGAAGUUGCACUUUGGAAGGCAAGUGAGCACAGAGCCUGCCAACACAGGCCAGCCACUCAUUUCAUUCCGCACAAGCUUCAGUGCUUAGUUUUUCUGUGUCCCUCGCAUUUGAGGGCCUAUAUUUUACAUUAGCGGAGAUAGCAAUCAAAUCAAUCUGUGUGUGAAUGUGUGGUCUGUUAUAGCUGAAGGGACUUGGUGUGGAGAGUGGUCAGAUGCUGCCUUGCUUCUCUUAGACUUAGAUGACUGUAUACUCUAUAUGUAUGACUAGAUCCAGGCAGUUAAAAGUCUCUUAAACAGUGUAGUGCCUACCCCUGCACAGUUAUGUUAGUGUAAACAGAGAAGACUGUAGGCUGUAUGUGACUACAGGCCAUAGUGACCGCAGUUAGCCAAUGGUUUUGGAACUGAACAGGGGUGGCCCUGACUACAUGGCUUUGCCGGAUGCAUGCCAAGUCAGGGCCAGAUCCAUUCCAGAAUCGGAAGCUUGCUGGGAUGAUUUUAUUAGUUUUGAUUUCUUUUCUAAAGUGCUUAGAUACUUUUGCUAGCUUUUUAGAUCUUCCAGCAACUUCUCUUCAUCUGCUGUAGCGCAUGUAAUGUUUCUUUGGAAACGCCACCUACUGGUAACUGCAUGUUAUGAGUGACUCCAGUCACUCAAAGGACUAAUGGUCAACUGCACAGGUAUGUUGCCAACAGUUUCUUAUGCAUCUUUCGAAGAAUUAUUUGUGGUCAAGGUGAGCCACACUCAAAAACACUCAAAAAAAAUGCACUGUUAUUGCACCGUCAGUCAACUUUGUUGCUGCUUCCAUCUAAUCUGCUUACUUUGGGAGGACAAUGCAAUUCUGUAUUUAUUUUCUCGUAGGUUAGUUUAGACAACUAAAAAUGAAAAUUAGGAGGGGGAAAAAAAAUCUAUUUGUAGAAAAUGCAACUUUUUUUGUUUUGUUUGUUUGGUGGAACGCGUAGAUGUGAGAAGCCUUGUGAGCUGUACUGAGCACGGCUUAGUGGGAGUCCAUGUGAUAGUUGUAUAGGAUUACACCUUCUACUCUGUGAGGGGAUAAGAGUAAUGUGUUGAAACUGUGUAGUUUUAUCCAAGGCCACGGUCGCUCCGUUGUAUGCUUUGCUCGAGAUAAUCAACUCUAAGCUGAUUAAUGCCGUGCAUUACGGACGCUUACUCCGACCAGAUGGUAAUGGCCAGUGUUGGCUCUAGGUCGUGUAGAAGGCACAAUGGUCGUCCAUAGGAGAGGGGAGGAGAUUCCUCUCUCUGUUUUUUUGCAUAGGCUCAUAGUGUUUUUUAAGCUCACACACAUAAGUCAACCUUACUCCGACACGGAGGGCAACCUAAUCAGGUGCCUAAUGGAGUGCGCAGGCACGACUGCGGUCAAAUGUCCUGUGGAAAAGUUCACUCGAGUAUUUCCGGAUAUCUAAUGUGCCAGUGUGUAUGGCGGCUACUACUACACACAAAUAUUAUUGUGGGUUGUGGGCGGUCGGACACAUUUGUGUGACGAUCUUCGAAGUCCAAACCUAUUGUUUUGGUGCCCUUAAGUGUGCUUGAGGGAACAGAAGAGUGACCUUUUUUAUAACUCUGGACGAUGUAUUCUACCCUUUUUAAUAAUUAAUGAAUCAGUGGUGGCCGAGUCAGAAUGCACUCCAGUGCUUUGGCUUGAGCCUGUCACCAUGUUUGUCAUUUAUAUAUGGCCUUAGGGUUGAUUUUUCAUUUCUCCAGAUAUUGGACCAGGGGGUUCAGUAUGCAAUAUAUUACAUGUCCUGUUAUUCUAUAUACCUUUUCCCAACUUUGUUGCAAUGACUUAUUUUGUAGAAUUGUGAAUUUAUUGUAGUAUUAUUUCCCAAUUGGGAAUGUAGGUAGUCCC